AUGAAGCGCUUGAACGCUGACCACAACCCCAGGAAUAAAGAUCGGUGUGAAGGCCAGGAGCUCAGCAGAUCGGGAGAGGCGGCCCCAGGCACUCAGACGGGACCGACCGAGGUCUGCCGAGGCCCAGCGGGCAGCAGCAUGGCGUCUGUGGCCGAGUACUACGCCGGCAAGAGCGUGCUGAUCACCGGAGCCACCGGCUUCAUGGGAAAGGUCCUGGUGGAGAAGCUGCUGAGGUCCUGCCCUGAGGUCAAAGCCCUCUACAUCCUGGUCAGACCUAAAGCCGGACAGUCCAUGCAGCAGAGGGUCAACGACAUGAUGAAGUGCAAGCUGUUCGACCGAGUGAGAGAGGACAACCCCGACUUCCACCAGAAGAUCGUGGCCAUCAGCAGCGAGCUGACCCAGCCGGGCCUGGCCAUCAGCUCCCAGGACGUCGCCACGCUCACCGCCUGCAUCAACGUCGUCUUCCACUGUGCCGCCACCAUCCGCUUCGACGAGCCGCUCAAACACGCCCUGCAGCUGAACGUGAUCGCCACGCAGCAGCUCCUGGGCCUGGCCCAGCAGAUGCACCACCUCGAGGCCUUCAUUCACGUCUCCACCGCCUAUGCAAACUGCAACCGCAAGCACAUCGACGAGGUCGUCUACCCGCCGCCCGUGGAGCCCAAAAAGCUCAUAGAGUCUCUGGAGUGGAUGGACGACGGCAUGGUGCGGGACAUCACGCCGCGGCUCAUCGGCGAGCGGCCCAACACCUACACCUACACCAAAGCCCUGGCUGAGUACGUGGUGCAGCAGGAGCAGGACAAGUUCAGCAUCGGCAUCAUCAGGCCCUCCAUCGUGGGAGCCAGCUGGCAGGAGCCGUUCCCCGGUUGGAUCGACAACUUCAAUGGGCCGAGUGGAGUCUUCAUAGCCGCGGGAAAAGGCAUCCUGCGCACCAUGAGGGCCAACAACGACGCCGUGGCCGACCUGAUCCCCGUGGACGUGGUCAUCAACCUGACCGUGGCGGCUGGGUGGUACACCGCCGUGCACAGACCUAAAACAGCCCUGGUGUACAACUGCACGACCGGUGGCAUCAACCCGUUCCACUGGGGGGAGAUUGAGCACCACGUGAUGUCGUCCUUCAAAAGGAACCCCCUGGAUCAGGCCUUCCGCAGGCCCAACGCCAACAUAACCUCCAACUAUCUCAUCAACCAGUACUGGAUCCUGGUCAGCCACAAGUUCCCGGCCUUCAUCUACGACCUCUUCCUGCGCCUGUCCGGACAGAAGCCACAGAUGAUGCGCAUCUUCAACCGCCUCCACAAGGCCAUCGGCCUGCUGGAGUACUUCAGCAGCCAGGACUGGGAGUGGGGCUCGGAGAACAUCAGCAUGCUGAUGGGCCAGCUGACCCCAGAGGACAGGAAGAUCUUUAACUUCGAUGUGCGCCAGCUGAACUGGCCCGAGUACAUUGAGAAUUACUGCCUCGGCACCAAGAAGUACGUCCUGAACGAAGACAUGUCCGACAUUCCCGCUGCCAGGCAGCAUCUGAGGAAGCUGAGGAACAUCCGCUACACCUUCAACACGCUGUUAGUCGUUUUCAUCUGGAGGGUGUUCAUCGCCCGCUCUCAGAUGGCCAGAAACAUCUGGUACUUUGUGGUCAGCCUCUGUUUCAAGUUCCUGUCCUACUUCCGUGCAUCCAGCACCUUAACCAACUGA